UGAUGUCAGUAGAAAUGAAGCAAACGACGUCCUGACAGGUCUGCGAAAGAGUCUGGCCGCUCUCUACGGAACCAACGUCAUAGUAUUCUCAAUUCCACACCGCUACGAUUUACCGGACUGGUCGUGUGUAAAUGAACUGGUUAGAAAAACUAAUAUAGCCAUGGAAAAAAUUUGUAAUUUAUUCUCUAAUUGUAAAUUUAUUGAUAUGAGUCAUCUGGGUAGGAGAUUCCACACAUCUCAUGGUCUGCAUCUCAAUAAAUUAGGUAAGAAAAUGAUCUGUGAUAGUAUAAUUGGAUGCGUGCGUAGUAACUUCCUGUAUAGAAAAUCGACUCCAGCUAUUCCUCUCUAUAGUUCUUUUUUAGUUUAAUUGACAUAAGUGAUACCGAGGUAACUGAAAUUUACAAUACUUCUCGCUCAAAUCUAGUUUUUGACAGUGACUCUCCUCUUGACAAUCUACAUCCAGAUUUUAACCCAAUCAUUCCCACAUAUGAAUCCAAAGAUAUUUGUUAUGGUAAGAUAUCUACUUUUCCUCGUCAAAUUCCAAUGAAUAAAAAUAGAACAAAUGUUGAUAAGGUCUCCAUAUUACAUCAAAAUGUACAACACCUACCAUCACGCUUGGAAAUGUUAAAUAUCAAUUUAGAUGAGUUAGAGCCUGACAUAGUAGCGAUUUCAGAACACAAAAUGUCAAAUUCUGAAAUUGAAAUACUCAAUGUUCCGAAAUAUCAGAUAAGCUCAAGCUUUUCUAGACUAGAAAGUACUGGAGGUGGGGUCAUGAUCCUAGUACAUAAUAAAAUAUUUUCCAAGUGUAAAUCUGUAAAGUUACCAGCUAUUUUGUCAAUAACAACUGAAAAAGAGUUUGAAUGCUGUGUUACUGAAUUCACUCUUGAUGGUUUAAAUUUUGUAAUGGCUUGCUUAUACAGAACUCCUCAGCAUUGUUUUUUGGAUCCAUUCUUAGAGAAGUUAGAAAUUCUACUUGAAAUUUUAUGUAAAAAAUAUAAGAAAGUUAUUUUAGCAGGAGACAUAAAUAUCAAUGUUUUAGAGAAAAAUAAUACUUAUAAUAAGUUAAUGAAUGUUCUCAAAAUGCAUAAUAUGAUUUACAUGAUUGAUUUUCCAACAAGAAUAACAACCACAUCCGAAACAGCAAUAGAUAACUUUAUUACGAACAUUGUUGACGAUAGUUUAAAUGCAUCGAGCAUCAUCACUCACAUAUCGGAUCACGAUGCGCAACUGCUUGAGAUCCGAGGUGUGAGUGGCGUUCUUGAUAAACCAACUAGGAAAUUUUAUCGUAGAUUUGAUGAAAGUCAUUUGGAAGUAUUUUAUAGAGAAUUAGCAAAUCUGAAUUGGAUGGAGAUUUAUCAAUCACCAGUUGAUGAAAAAUAUGAUGCCUUCAUCUCAGUAUUUUCACAUUACUUCAACAUUCAUUUCCCAAAGAUACUAAGAUAUAAAAAGGAUAAUAACAGCAAGAUUAGGAUGAGUACUGAGGUGAUUGAUAAAAAAAAUGAAUUAUUAGAGUUGGAAAAUUUACAUAGACGAACUAAAAGAGAAGAUUUAAAGAUUCAAAUAAAAAAUAAUAGAAAAGCUCUCAAACUUAUGAUACAAAAAAAUAAACAGAAAUACUUUGAUAAAAAAAUAAUGGAUUCCAAAAACAAGAACAAAAUAGCUUGGAAAAUUAUUAAUGCUGAGGUGGGUAAGAGUAAAAAGAAUAAUUCUAAUUUAGGUGUAAUAAGUAAUGGUGCACUUUCAACGGACCCUCAUUGUGUUAGCAAUAUUUUUAAUGAUUUUUUCGUUACAGCAGUUGACAAUUUUGUAAUUCCGGAUAUUCCUAAAAAAAAUUUGAAGCAACAGCAGGUGGAGACGAGCACCAGCAUGUCCACGCAGGUGGUGCGGAUCAGGAUGAGAACCUCAGACCAAGAUUCUGGAGACCAGCAGGAAUCCAGGACGACUCUAGGCUGGCAACAGUGA